UUGCACUACAGCGCGGGGGCUCUCUAGUCGAUGGGAGCGGAAACUUUUUGAAGUGUGCCGGCCACUCGCCUCCCUUUGCGCGGGUAGGGCCAGGACAGGAGUCGUUCCUGUCCCUGCGCUCAGCCUAAACCUCGCUCCUCCUCUCCACGCGCACUGAAACCCACACGGCCCCAGCGAGGCAGGAAGGGUGUAACUUGCUCCCUCCCUGGGUCAUAAUAACAAGCAGGGUGCCGGGGCAACCGCGCGGGCAGGAGCCGCGCCACCAGCAGCGUGCAUUGCGCCCUUGACCUCCCCGCCGGGCUGCUUCCUCCCCGGCCUUUCCCCUCCCCACCCCCGGACCCACUGCAACCUUUUGCAGCUUAUAUCCCGAAGAGAAAGCAGAGGCCAGCAUGCAGCCCCCGGAGCGUAAAGAGGAGGGCGCUCUCCUCCCUCCGAUUAACGGGCCUACCACAGUAAGGGCCGGCGCCGCCGCCUCCAUCCCUAUCGCCCCGCUUUGGAGACCCAGGUCUGCUCGCCUGGCGCCGCCCGCUGUAGGUGUUAGAAAGUGGGAUCCCUAUGAGUCGACAAUGAAACACGAUUUUAUCUUUACACCUGCAACAGAAUUCAUUGCAGACUGUGCCCGAGGAGGGAGAGGACAUGCCAUUCCUUUUCAAGUCAACGAACCUACUGGAAGGAACACCUACACGGAUGAGUUUUGCUGGAAACCUUAUUGCAAGGCAGAACCUAUAAGGGCUGCCUCUGCAACAGGAAUAAGGCGAAACAACCCUCAGCCUUCAGAUCGUUUCCUGGUUUGGAAGCUGCCUCAAGAUGAAGCAGAGAAUGUGUCACCUUGGAUCAAACCUAUUUCUAAAGAAGAGAUUGAAGAAACAUUAAGAAAGCAGUUCAAAACAAUAUAUUCUCGAGAUUAUUUAGGAUUACAGCCAGGUGCUCCACAAGACUCUGCUCCCAUUCCACCAGACUGGAAAACAUUAGUUCCCCAGCCUCCGGACACUGAGGCCAGACGUAAUUAUCGGCCCCCAACCCUGGCUCCUGACUUAAUAAACUUGACUAAGAAAUAUGGAUGUAACAGAAAGCGCCAUGUUCCAGUGAAAGGCGCAGUUCCUUCAGUGUCUUCUGCUCAGAUCUGGAAUUAUGAACACACUAAACAGGUGUCCACAUACCAAAGAGAUUUUGGGAAAGAUGAUCUUGAGAUCUUAACAGUUCUGAAUUCUCUAGACCCAGAAACAGUUAAAGCAUAUGUGGAAAGAGCUCCUAAUCCAGGCACCAGUGAAGCUAAAAAGCAAAGUCAGAUUUCCUGAUAUCACCCUUUUAAUAUCACAGAGAAAGCAAUCCUUCAGAAUUUCCUUAACAAAGUCCGUGAAAACAUGACAUCUCAAAGACCUUCAUCCGCAAAGACACCAAGAGAGAAUCCACUCGAUGGCAUGUGAUAUCUGUCUGGGGGGAAAUUCAGCAAUAUCUUAGGAAAGCCAAAUAAUAGGUGAAUGCCCUUUUGAUCUCGAUCUCUCUCUAUAGUAAACCGUUUGAAGACUCAUAGCCAGUUUUCUUAUACUUCAAGGCUUCUUUUGAAAUGAUAAAAGACUGUAUUACUACCACAUCUCCUCUCUAGAAUGGAUUUAAGAUCGCUCAUCCCUGUCCCAGAAGGCAACUGUGUGUUUUAUAUAUUACAACCAGUCUGUACAAAUCCUUUUUACUAAUCCCUGAUUGUAUUGAAGAUAUGGUUCCCUCCGCCCUAUUAUCAUCCCCUUGUUUUAAUGCUGUUGCAGUUUUAAAAGGUUAAUUAAAUAAAAAGAUUAAAAGAAGAUCAAACAUUUAAGAAGAAAA